UUCAUCAUGUAGUAUAUUUAUUGUAGACUGUUUGGUUACAGAGGACAAAGCAUCAGACGCUGGUGGAGGGAAUUCACUCAGGCUGGAUCUUACAGCUUUCGAAGGUUUCAUUCUGAAGACUGGAAGAUUUAAACAUGAACAACCCUUCACAGGACAACAGCAACAUCACCACCGUCUACGGUUAUAAUGGAGAACCUGGAUUAAGCAUUAAAGUGGUGACAUACAUAAUCAUUGGUAUCGGCCUUCCCUUGACGCUGGUGGCCAUCCGUGCUCUUUAUUCUCUGGUGCGAAAGGAUCACGUUGCUCCGAUCUACAUCAUCAACCUUCUCUUUUCUGACCUUGUUCAGCUCUGCUGCAUAAUCGUUGAGGUUGAACGACCCAAGAACUUUACGAUAUACAUUGUCUUUUUUCACACAUACAUCUAUUGUCUGUUUGCCAGCAUUGGCUUCAUGGUGUGCAUCGCCCUGGAAAGGUAUUUGGUCAUCGCCUGCCCACUGUGGUACCACUUCAAACGAACCAUCAAGAUCUCUGUGCUGGUCUGUGUCGUGGUCUGGGUCUACCCUGUUAUUUGUCUCCUCAUUUUCUUGUUCUGGCAUUAUAAGCUUGCAGAAAUCGUCUCCAUCUUCUUUUUACUCCUUCCCCUCCCCCUGCUCAUAUUCUUCCUGGGUGGGACCCUCAGAGCUCUGUCUGCCUCCAUCUCGGUCCCAUCUGAUGAAAAACGACGAAUAGUAGGAAUGUUGGUCCUGGUGCUGCUGAUUUACACGCUGCUGUUCCUGCCCACUGUCAUUUUGUAUUUGGCAAAGGGACUCUCAAUUUACGAUACUCUCAACAGCCUGUUUCCUGUCUUUCUUAGGUUGAGCCCUCUUGCAGACUUGGUUCUGUAUAUUUUCAUGAAGAAAGGUGCCAUAGACAAGCUCUUGGCCUCUGUGUGUUGUUGCAGAAUGGACAACAAUGAAACCAGCAGUUCAGCAGUAUAAAUGAUGUCCACCAGAGUGUUGGCAUUGUACAUUUCUGCAAAUCACAGAUACGUUUCAUACGUAUCAAAUCAACAUUUCCAAAGUGACACAGUAUAUUAGCUGACUUUGUCAUCAGUAGCUGGAGAGGAUGGCGUGGCACCUAGGAGAGACACCUGCCAAGCAGCAAACCACUGUUUGAGAUCAACACCAGCUGGUUUUUACCAACUGUCUCUGUGUUUCCAGACGUGGUGUUUUUAACAACCCAUUGUGAGCAUUUCAAGUGAAACAUGAUGUUUUCCUAACCAUGACCAAUUGAUUGUUUGCCUAAACAACCACAGCAUUGUUGAAAUGUAAAGUUUCAAUAUGGGCUACAUAAUAAUGUUCAAACGUAACGUAUCCAUGGUUUUCAGAGACUUACAAUGCCAACGUUUAUGCUGGUGAUUGGGUUGUGUCCACAGUCAACAUCAUGUAGAAGAGUGACAUGUUUCCUCUGACUUGCACCACUGGAAUCGAGCAUCGCAAAGACUGAACUGUAACGUCAAUACUUCUAAGCCUGGCUAACAAGCAGCACAACAAAGCAACCUAUCCCUCCAUUCAUGGACUGGUAACGUAACAAAUAGACACAACAUUGGGACAGUUGUACAGGCUAAGCAGGACCAUUUAUUAAUGUCUGUCAAUGUACAUGUGCUGAUUUGAUGUUGUUGUGAUCUCUUUGUAGUCAGGUUAUUUGAAAGCUGACUUUGACAAAGCUAAGUUGUUAUUAGUGAGCUAAUGCAUCACACAGAGUCUUGUAUGCAAGUAAACGUCUCUUUUUACUAACACAGCACCUUUUGUGCAAAACACAUCACACACACAAACUCAAUGGCUUUCAACAUAACUACACUCAGAGUGGGACCUCAAAGUUCCUGCUCCACAUGUUUCCUUUGUUCCUUUGUCCUGACUGUCCACAUGUGGUCAGGUAGAACCUCCCAGCUUUGAGUGGCCAUCUUUGAUUUGGCCAACUUCUUUGUUAUCUGUUCUUUCAGCCAAUUAACCUUGUUUUAGAUGUACAUGAAGUUUUGAACAUGAGCAGAGAUCUUUCUGGAACAUGUCUGAGCAUUUAAAGUCCACGGGUUUAUAAAUUAAUUAUAAUGAAUUGCUGUGUCAUCGAUGUUAGAAGGUGCCACAUGCAAAUUUAAAGAGGUUAGAAUGAAUAUGAGA